AUGUCUUCCCCAAAGCCAUCUCACGAUCCGGUCGAUAAUGAGUCUCGGACUAUGGCAGGCUAUCUUGAGCCGACUGUCCCGCACACUUCGCAACAAAUGCAGCUGCAAAGGGACGCCUUAGUGGCCCUCGAUGAAGUUAUCACGAAGUUAAUUGUGGAACGCGGUGCAAUAGAGGAUGAGAUCAUUCGACAGCGCGCGGUGCUUGCUUACCAACUGACGCGCCGCUCAGCCAUCGACGACCACAUUCGGAACCUUCAGGACGUUUGGAAUAAGAUGGCAGCUGGGUUUGAAAUCACAUCCAACAAGUAA